AUGGAUGCAUGGAAAGAGGUUGCUAGGACAAAUGAAAACAAUGGUGUAACAGCAUGUUCGUUAAAUACAAUCUCAUUUGACCCUUACUCUGAAUUAAUAUGGUCUGGUCACAAAAAUGGACAACUUAAGUCGUCGUUUGGGUCUGGUUUAAAUCCGUAUACCCAGUUUGUAGCUCAUGAAGGCCCGGUGCACCAGGUGCUUCCUCAUGAGCGAGGUAUUUUUUCUCUUUCGAGUAAUUCAUUGCGUCUUAGCAAUCGUACCGGAACAAUCCGAUGGAGGCUAAGUGAUUCUGAUGGUUCCGAUUAUAGAGCUAUGUUGUAUCAAUCUCGCACUCACCCUGAAAUUGUCAUGGGAGGAUACAAUCAAAAGUUAACUGUUGUGAAUGCAGAGAGAGGCACCAUAACACAUCAGAGAACACUUCCGAAUGAUAUAUUCAUCAUGCGCAGAAAUCGUUUACUUUGUUGCGGCUCCACUAACGGAGAGAUUCUUCUGUGUGAUCCGAAUAGCUUUAAUCCCGUCAAUAGAAUAUCUGCUCAUACAGGCACAAUUUCUGAUAUUGAUACAUCUGGAAAUCUCCUUCUCUCUUGUGGCUAUUCUUCACGACACGAUUCAUACAUGAUAGACCCCUUCGUGAAAGUAUGGGAUUUAAGAAAUCUUUCCACUUUGGUACCUAUUCCAUUUCCCUCCGGACCAAGUAUGAUUAGGAUGCACCCGAAACUUUCUACUACAGCGGUUGUUUGCUCAAGCUCUGGACAAAUAAAUAUAGUCGAUACAGGGAAUCCGCUUGAUGCAAAAUUAAUGCAUGUUCCUUUGAAUUCUUAUUUAACCCAUAUGGAUGUUUCAGUUACUGGUGAUGCAAUAGCUUUUUCUGACGUUGAAGAUACCGUACACUUAUGGAGUGCUAUGGAUACACCCUCAUUCACAGAAAUGAAGUACCCGAUUCAGCUACCUGAUGUGGUUCAUGAACCUCCAGCUGUUUCUUUUGAAGAACCGUUAAACAAAAUCGGAAUGCCGUACUAUGAUUCUGAGCUUCUAUCUUCGUGGUCGAAAUACUUAGUUUUUGAUGCCGGAAAGCCGAACUUUGAUUCGAAUAUGUUUUUAGCCAGGCAAAUAGCCAACUCAGCUAUGCCUUUACAUCAGGAACUGAAAUCGUUUCAUCGAAAUCAAACAAUUAAUUUUCCCUGGUUAAACCGAAAAACAGCCUCCCAAGAAACUACUCCUAAGUUUCAUAGCGAAAAACAGAAAGACAUUAUGUCUGGAAAGGAUUCAGAGGAAUCUUUUUCAUAUUUUGAAGAAAUGGAAGAUACAGUAUCAGGCCCGGACACAAUACCCAAAUUUUACCAAAAGCCUGUGAUAAAAUAUAGCAGGUUUGGAAUUGAAGAUUUCAAUUUUGGCUUCUAUAAUAAAACCAGCUUUGCUGGUUUGGAAACGGAUAUUACUAAUUCGUACUGUAAUCCUAUAUUGCAACUACUUGCGUACAUACCCUCUUUUUGUAAAUCAGCCAUCAGCCAUUCUUUGGGUCCUUGUGGCCUCGAGAGCUGUUUGGUAUGCGAGUUAGGAUUCCUGUUUGCCAUGCUAAAGGAAAGUACUGGUAAAAAUUGCCAAGCCACAAAUUUUCUGCGUUGUUUUUCUGCUUCGUCAUUUGCUCAAUCGUUGGGAAUUGUAAUUGAUGAACAGUCGAAUGCUGGUGCUUUUGAUUCUUCUCUAAUCCAAAAAUUUACGAAAUUUAUCCUGACCGAAAUAAUCCGUGUAACAGAAUACGAAGAUAAAAAUGGAGGUUCAUCGUUUCCUUUAGAUUAUCUCAGCAAGUCAUUUUGUAUACGUGAAGUCCAGACUCAUCGUUGUGGCAUAUGUGGGAUAACAAGUCGAAAAUGUCAUUCAUCUAUGUGCAUGGUUGAUUUAGAAUAUCCCUCACAGCAUUUAGAGUCAAUCAUUUCUUUCGAAUGGCUUCUAAAACUUAGUUUAGAUCAUCGAGUAGAUCUUCCUCCAAGUUGGUGUGAGUAUUGUUUGGCCCAUCAGCCUGGUUUGCUUCGGUCGAAUGUACGAUCUAUUCCUGACAUCUUUUUUAUAAACACUCAAAUAAAGCAUCAUGACCAUUUGAAGCUGUGGACAAGAGAAGGAUGGUUGCCUAAGUUGCUAUAUCUUAGAAGAGUAAACGAUACAGUCCAAUGUUUAUCAUCGAGACAAGUUUCAUUACUAGGUGAUGAUAAGCCUUCGGUAUCUGUUUAUGGUUUACGAGGUGUGACUUACGAAAUCCGUGGAGUUGACUUUGCUUCACAUUUUGUUGCUGCAAUUCAAGUUUCUGAUCAUCUAACAACCACAAAUACAGCAAACAGUCAGUGGUAUAUAUUUAAUGAUUUCUUAGUGAAGCAGAUCUCUGAAGAGGAAGCCAUAAAUGUUCACGGUCCUUGGAAAAUCCCAGCGGUGCUUUGCUAUGAAAAAUUAGACAUGAGAAUUCCUCAAUGGGACGAUGUUUCUGAUUUCACCCUUUUGUAUGAGCCUUAUUUCUUGAAUCCUGUGGCGCCAUCAAUGAACAAAGCUGUACCACUUUCGACCGAAGAUAUGCUGUAUCCAGGUAUGUUGAUUGGCAUAGAUUCUGAAUUUGUAGCUUUACAGCGCGAGGAAACGGAAGUGAGAAGCGAUAGUACGAAAUCAACAAUCAAGCCGUGUAAGUUAUCGCUUGCCAGAAUCUCUGUACUUCGAGGAGAAGGUCCUCAAAAGGGAGUUCCCUUUAUAGACGACUAUGUUGCGACAGAUGAUGAUGUGAUGGAUUACCUUACUAAAUUUUCUGGUAUUCAUCCGGGUGAUUUGGAUCCGACCCUCUCAAAGUAUAAUGUGGUUCCUUUGAAGGUUGCUUAUAAAAAGUUACGGUUGCUCGUAAAUGCGGGAUGUAAAUUUGUAGGACAUGGGCUACAAAAGGAUUUCCGAAUUAUUAAUUUGUUGGUGCCCCCAGAACAGGUUAUUGAUACAGUGGAUUUAUUCUUCUUAAGCUCUCGACAACGCAAAUUAUCUUUGAAAUAUUUAUCUUGGUAUCUACUGGAAGAAGAUAUUCAGCUCACUGAGCAUGACUCCGUUGAGGAUGCAUUGACGGCAUUGAAACUUUAUGACUGUUUUGUAAAACUAAAGGCCGAAGGGAAGCUGGAAGAAACAUUAGAAGAAAUAUAUGAGGUUGGAAAGCGAUACAAAUUUCGUCCUCCCUCGUUGUCAUCAUUAUCCCUUCAGGAUCGGAGCUUUUAUGGUGAAGACUCCUUUAUAAUGGGUUAA